UCUGUUCUUUAAGGCCCCUACGAGUCCUAAUCAACUCAGUGGCAGGUGGUUUGGUUUUCAUCGUCUUUUUUGUUUUAGAGAAGGAGAAGAAAUAAGCAGAAUCAACUCUGGGUGUUGACUGCUAGGUGAAAUGUUUAAAAUCAUGGGAGAAGGAGAACAUAUGAAUUUCAGUUAUUUUUCAUAUCAUUUUUAAAUUUGUAUUUAGUAAUGCUCUUUUAAGAUUAGAAGUAACUCUUUUUUUCCAGCUCUGAUGGAAUUCAGAAGAAAUUUAACCAUGAGAAACCGUACAAUGGUGACAACAUUUACUCUUAUAGGACUAACUGAUAAUCAAAACUGGCAAAUUGUGAUUUUUCUUUUUUUAUUUCUAACAUAUUUAUUGAGUAUCACUGGAAAUCUGACCAUUAUCCUGCUCACUCUAUUGGAUUCCCAUCUCAAAACACCCAUGUAUUUCUUCCUUCGGAAUUUUUCACUUUUAGAAAUGUUGUUUACAUCUGUGUGCAUCCCUAGGUACCUGGUCAGCAUUGUGACUAUGGAUAAAACAAUUUCCUACGAUGCUUGUAUGACACAAUUAUUUUUUGCCAUCUUCUUGGGUGCAUCAGAGUUUUUCCUGUUGACUGCCAUGUCCUAUGACCGCUAUGUGGCCAUCUGCAAACCCCUUCACUAUGCAACAAUCAUGAACAACAGAGUCUGCACCCAGCUGGUCGUUACCUCCUGGGUGGCUGGGCUGUUAGCCAUCUCUCCAGGACUCAUCUUGUGUUUGAGGUUGGAAUUCUGUGAUGACAACAUUAUUGACCACUUUGGCUGUGACUAUUCUCCUCUACUGAAACUCUGCUGCACAGACACAUGGUCCAUAGAAUUGUUAGCUUUUAUUUCAGCCACUGCCAUAUUACUGAUUACAUUGGCACUCGUGGUGCUCUCCUAUGUAAAUAUUAUAAGAACAAUUCUGAAGAUCCCUUCUGCCCAGCAGAGGAAGAAGGCUUUUUCCACCUGUUCCUCCCACAUGAUUGUUGUCUCUAUCUCUUAUGGCAGCUGCAUUUUUGUGUAUAUGAAACCUUCUGCAGAGGAAAGAGUAGCUUUAAACAAGGGGGUAGCAGUGCUCAACUCUUCAAUUGCACCUCUCUUAAAUCCUUUCAUAUAUACCCUAAGAAAUGAGCAAGUAAAACAAGUCCUGAAAGGCAUAGUUCAAAAAUGUAUUAUUACCUUAAAAAAAAAAUAG